AUGAUCCGCGAGGGCGUGCUCGAGCUGGCCUUCGACGGCUACAAGAAGGCCCGCGGCUUCCCCGUCUUCACGGCGACCCUGAAAGAGACGCGCUUCGUCUACGAGCACCACUUCAUCGCCGAGUUCCUGCGCUGGCUCUUCGCGAUCUGGCCCGCGGGCAGCGGCCGCUACGGCGGCACGCCCGAGCUCGUCAUCCGGGGCGAGCGCGUCGCGCUGACGCUGCCCGAGAGCCGGCGGCGCCUCGCGGCCGUGCGCUUCGACUGCCGGAGUCUGGUGGCCGUGCGCCGGGGCAUCAAGGGCGUCGUCGCGGUCCCCGAGACGACGGUCAUCGACGUCGACGCCGCGGUGUCCGGCGGCGGCGUCGCCACGGAGGACUUUCUGGGCAGCCCCUGCGGCGGCUUCGUGAGCCCGGAGCGGCGCAUCGGCGACCUGCGGGAUUUGCGGGUCACGAUCGUCGGCACGCCGCGCGCGCCGGCGGCGGAACGGCGGUCGAGCCUCGCGUUCCUGCCGACGCGCGCGUCCGGCGCGCCGCAGAAGCUCCAGUUCACGCACGAGAUUGUCGUGGAAUUGAGCGUGUCGAAGAAGGUCGAGCUGGCGCUGACGCGGGACCAGUACGCAUGCGCAGUCGCUUUGUUCUUUGGGAACAUGGGCGAGGACGACGGCGACGGCGCGACGGCCAAGUGGUGGCAGGAGACGCCCUACGGCGCCGGCGCCCCCCGGGGCGUCCCCGAGGCCUGGUUCGCGUCCGGCAGCGCGCCCCACGCGCUCGCGGCGACGCUGGGCUGCUCCUGGAAGGUCGAGGUGACGGCCGCGCGCGGCGCGCGCAUCCGCAUGCGCGGCGACGGCGCCGCGCCGCCCGUCGGCGACCUCGACGCCGGCCCCCUGCGCAUCUCCCUGCACCGCGUCUCCGAGGGCGGCGGCCUGGCGAGCGAGGUCGACGUCCAGGGGUUCCUGCGCGUCCUCGAGCCCGGCGCCGACGAGCGCGCGGCGUGGGCCGAGGCGACGCCGCGGCGCGGGUCGACGAACGCCCUCACCUACGACCACCGCACGAACUGCGCGGCGAACUGGGUCGGCGUCUGGCUCGGCGCGCUCGCGGUGCGCGCGCCGCCGUCGCGGGUCAGGGCCGUCGUCGGCUUCCUCUUCGGCGGCUUCCGCCGGGCCCAGCGGUGCGUGCCGCGGCGGCCCGUCGACGCCUACGCGACCUUUUUCGAGCAUUGGCAGAGCGAGCUCGUCGUCGACUUUGGCGACGUGGUCUGGGAGCAGCGGGGCGCGGCGGGCCCGCGCGCGGCGAGCGUCGACGUCGAAAGCGCGCGGAUCACGCGCGUCGUCACGGAGACGACGACGCGCAUCGCGGUGCACGCGUCGCUCCGCGGGGCCUUUCUGUCGACGGCGCGGGGCCGGCCCCUGCGGCGCCUCGCGGAGCCCUGCGAGCUGCGCUACGACCGGCGCGCGACGUUCGCGAGCUCCGACUUCGACGCGGCGCCCUACGAGUCCGCGAGCGAGGCGUCGCUGGCCGGGAAGGAGGGCCCCGUGGACGUCUGCGGCGACGGCGCCGACGCGCGGGCGCUGCUCGACGUCGCCGCCGCGCUCGCGCGCGACGACCCGGCGCCCGGUGCGCCCGAGGCCGUCGUCAUGCUCUGGGCCGCGUCGCCCUGGGCGGCGGACCUCGGCCGCGUGGACCUGAGCCCGCCGGCCCACGCGGACUCGCGGGGCACCUUCGCCGCCAGGGUCGUGGUGCGCGCGCACGCGCUCGCGUUCCGCGCGCGGCGGCGCCUCGCGCGCGCGGAACUCGCCGUCGCGCUCACGGGCGCCUUCGACGGGUCGCCGUGUCUGCGCGCGACGGCGGCGCUGGACGUGCGCGGCGACGUCCGGCGCGGCGCCGCCUGGGAGCCCGCCGUCGACCCCUUCUCCUGCGGCGUCGAGGUCGCGCGGACGGCCGACGGCCGGACGGCCGACGUCACGGGCCUCGACGCGGUCAACCUCACGUGCACGACGGACGCGCUCAGAGUCUGGCGCGCGCGCCACUGGGACGGCGACGACCACGUCGAGCUCGCGGAGCGGCUCGACCGCCUCGUCUGCCGCCACCGCGUGCCCGGCGGCGGCGCGCUGAUCGUCGCCUUCCGCCGCCGGGGCCGCGCGGCGCGCGUCGCGCUCGCCGCGCCCGGCGACGAGGGCGUCGCCGCCGGCGACGACGGCCUCGUCGGCGACGACGGCGCGAGCUCCGACGACGAAAGCGACGACGGCCGCGCGGGCGACGGCGGCGACGACGGCGUCUUCCUCGCGGCCGUGUCCGCGGAGCUCGGCGACGGCGGCGGGCCCUGGACCUUCGCGCGGGGCCUCGAGCGCGCCCUCCGCCCCGGGUCGACGCUGCCCCUGCGGCUCCGGCGGGGCGGCGAGUCGACGUGGGUCGCCGCGACGGCCGAGGCGCGCGGCGGCGACCUCGUCGUCACGCUGCGGGGCCGCGCGUCCGUGCGCAACGACUGCCGCGACUGCGCGCUGGGGCUGCGGGCCGUCGGCGAGGACGGCGCCGUGCUCUUCGCGGCGACGGCGCCACCGGGGGGCGUCGCGUCGCUGCCGCCGCUCCCGGCGGCCGCGGUCCUCGAGGCGCGGCCCGAGGCGACGGCGUCGCGGCGCUUCGCGGACGUCGACGGCGCCUGGGUCGCGCUCGAGAGCCUCGGCAGCUUCGAGGCGACCUACGUGGGCGCGUUCCGCGCGGGCGGGCUCGCGUGCCGCGCCGCGGCGACGCGCGACGACCGCGGCGGCGCGGCGGUCGCGCAGGAGGCGUCGACGCGGGCCGCGGGCAUCGCCGUCUCCGCCGAGGACCACUUCGGCACGGAGGAGGAGCAGCCCGCCGUGACCCUCGACGGCGCGCGCCUCGUCGCCGGCGACGAGGACCACUUCUCGCGCGCGCCGCCCGCGCGGACGACGUCGCGCGACGCGGCGCCCGAGCCCGACGACGACGACGCCCGCGACGCGCGGCCCUGGAGCGUCGAGAUAUCGUUGGGGCCCCUGCUCGUCUUCCGCAACGGGCUGCCCGUGCCGCUGGCCUGGGAGCUCGUCGGCGGCGGGCACCGGCGCGGCGUGCUGCCCGCGGACGCCGAGGCGCCGUACCGUGGCGACGCGCCGUCCGUGUCGCUCCGCGUGCGCAUCGCCAACUACGCCUGGUCGCCGCCGCUGGAGAUCGCCCUGCGGGACGUCUUCGACGCGGCGAACGCCGCCGCGCGGCGGCCGCCGGCCGCGGCGCGCGCGGGCAGGCCGCCGCUCGUCGCGCGCGUCAUGCUGCGCCUCGACGCGCUCGACGCGACGCUGCAGGCGCCGGCGGGCGUCGAGCGCGUGCGCGUCGCGCCGUCGCUGCGCGUCGUCGUCACCGUCGACGCGUCGGGCGCCGUGGAGCUCGGCUGCCGCGCGGCGCUGCAGAAUCUGCUCGACGUCGCCGCGACGUACGGCGCGUGCGCCGACGACCUCGACGCGCUCUUCGACCCGCCGCCGCGCGGCGCCGCCGACGGCUGGUCGUCCGACGACGACGGCGGCGACGGCGGCGAGCUCGAGGAGGCUUUCGUCGCCAACUCGCACGCGGGCCUCGUGGCGCCGGGGGGCGCGCCGCGCGCGGCCCCGGCGCCGGCGCCGCCGGCGCCGGCGCCGCCGGACGUCGCGUGCGAGGUUAUAGGGCCCUGCGACCACGGCGUCGCCUUUCGCUGCUCGCGGCCCGCGGCGUCGACGCUCGCGAGCCUGCUCAAGGAUUUUUUCGCGGCCUGGCCCGGCGCGCUGGGCGCGGCGAGCGCCGCGGACCGGGCCGCCUACGACGCGCUCGCGGCGACGUUCGCGUUCGCGCGCGCCGACGACGGCGGCGGCGCCGCGUCGUGGUUCGCGGGAAGCGGCGCGCGGCUGCCGCUGCGGACGACGCUCGGCGAGCUCGCGCGGCGGGACCUGGCGUCCUUCGGGUCGUCGGCGUGCAGUUUGCGCGUCUGCCACGCGCUCGAGGCGACGCUCGACGCGCAGGACCGCGCGCCGCCAGUCGCGUUCGCGUGCGACGCCGCGGCGCGGCGCGCGCUCGUCGCGGACUGGGGCGCCGUCGUGCCCUGGGACCCCUGCGCGGCGGCGCGCCGCGUCGCGACGGAGCCGAUCCGCGUCGUCUUCUGCGACGCGUCGAAGGCGCCCGUCGACCUGCCGCCGCCAGCGGUCCGCGUGUCGUGCGAGGGUUCCGAAAAGUCCGCGCCGCUCGCGCUCCCCUGCGUCGACGCCGCCAGCGGCCGGCUCCGGGGCCCGUCGCUCGUCUUCGGACCGCAGCGGGCCGCGCGGCCGCCGGAGGCGCCGCCCGGCGGCGGCGGCGGCGCGCGGGACGACGACGGCGCCGCGGGGCGCGUCGAUGACGCGGACUCGGGCGGCAAAUCGGCACCGCACACACACAGGGCGGCCCGCGAGGCCGACGCCGCCGCGGCGUCGCUCAGCCUGAACUGCCCGCGGCCGCGGGGCCGCGUGCCCGCGUCCUACGAGCUCUCCGUGGCCGUCGCGGCCGACGGCGCCGGCGCGGCGCCGCGGCGCGCGCUCGCGACGUUGUUGCCGCGCGUCACCGUGCGCAACGGCCUCGCCGACUGCGUCCUCGAGGUCGGCCAGGUCGCCGUCGACGGCGGCGACCACGUGUUACGGUUGCGGCCCCGCGCCGAGGGCCAGCUCCGCUGGGCGUCGGCGUCCGCGCCGCGGCUCGUGUGCGUCCGCGCGACGUUCCGCGGCGGCGCCGCGCUCGUCUCCGGCGCGCUGCGCGUCGACGGCUUCGGCCGGCGCGGCGAGACGGCCUUCAAGCUCCACGACCCCGCGGGCGCCGCGGCGCCCGUGCUCUGUAGGCUCCGGCGCGAGCCGCGCGCGCGGCUCCCCGACGACGGCGGCGGCGGCCGCCGAACCGGCGACGACACGCUCGCGGUAAUCGAGCGCGCCGACGAGCGCUGGCCGCCCUACCGCAUCGCCAACGGCACGAGCCGCGUCGUGCGCUACCGCCAGAAGCUCGGGAGCGCGACCUUUGGUUUGGCCGUCGCGGAUUUCGACGGCGAGCUCGCGAUAUCGGACGGCGACACCGGCGACGCCGUCGUCGCCGAGCUCGCCCACGCCGGCCGGUCGCCGGGCCGCGAGGCCCUCGUGGCGACGCGCACGGAGGCCCAGGGCGGCGUCGUGCUCCGCGCGCGCGGCCAAUCGGGCGGCGCCGCGGAGACGUCGCCGACGUUCGCGGCGAAGCGGCCGUCGUCGACGCUCGGCGCGGCCGCGGAGACGCUGGAGAAGAACGCGCACUCGUUGCGGGACGCCUUGGUCGGCGGGGCCGCGUCGGCGCUGCUCGGCGGCGACCCCAAGGCGCCGCGGCGCAAGUCGACGUACGCGUCCGAGGCCUACGAGUCCGCGCAGUCGACGGCCAAGUAUUUAGGGUCCAAGGUCCACAAGGGCGCGCGGAAGAUGGGCGUCGUCGCCGCGUCCCACGAGGAGCAGACCGUGGCGCCCUGGACGGAGCUGCGGCCCAACGACGAGCACGUCUACGCGUGGGAGCGGCCGCUCGACGCCGUCGGCUACGGGUCCAAGUCCUACCGGCGCGCGCUCCAGGUCGAGUUCUACGACGCGACGCGCGACGAGUGGGGCUCGAACCUCAACGUGCCCCUCGACGCGCUGUCGACGGCGGCGGCGCCGUCGAAGGAGGCGAAGCUGCGGCGCGCGGCGGGCGCGGCCGCGCCGGACCUCGGCGCCGCGGGCCUCGACUACCGCCCCGUGGAGCGGCGGCACCCCUACCUGCCGGAGACCUGGGUCGGUGGCGUCGCGGCCGUCGACGCGUCGACGGCCGUGCUCUACGUCUUCGGCGACGCGAAGCGGUCCUUCCUCGCGGCCGUCGCGGACCUGCGGACCGAGGCGCGCGACGGAAACCCCGUCGAGCCGCGGCUGCCGCUCGUGACGCGGCUCGUCGCCGAGGAGUUCCUCGUGCCCGAUGCGGGCGGCGGCUUCAGCACCGCGGGCUACGCGCUCGCGGACCGGGACGCGGACGCGGCGCGGGCGACGUCGCCCUACGUCUGCGUCGCGUCGCCGAAAGACGGCGUGCUCGCGUCGCUCAAGGCGAAGGACGCGGCCGCCGCGCGGCGCUGGGUCGCGGACCUCCGCGACGCCGUCGACGGCGCGGGCCGCGUCGACGCGCGGCUGACGCUCGACGACGUCGCGAGCUCGUCGCGCGUGGUCUGCGUCGUGCGCGCGGACGGGCCCACGAAGGUGCUCGAGAUCUCCGAGGAGGGCGUGAGCGCGCGGACGCGCGACCGCGGCCGGGGCCGCGCGGCGGAGGCCGCGGGCGGCGACCGCGCGUUCGCGUUGAACCUCGCCGCGGCGUCCCUCUCCCUCGUGCGCUCGGGCGAGCGGCCGCCCGCGGCGCCCGCGCGCCGCGGCGCCGCGCCCGCGGCGCCGCGGCGGCCGACGCGCGAGGUCGCGCGGCUGCACGUCCGCGACGUCGGCCUCCGCUGGGCGAGCAGUGCGGCGGAGGGCACGGUGACCCUGGAUUUGAGAGUUGCCCACGUCCAGGUCGACAACCUGUUGAGCGUCGCGCCGCUCUACGCCGCGGCGCUGCGGCCGCGGCGCGCGGCCGGCGGCGAGUCCGGCGAGCCCGCGGUCGUCGCGCGCGUCGUCCGGCGCACCGACGCCGGCGGCGGCGGAAACGCACCGCAGCACGCCGUCCUCUACCUCGAGCGCUUCGUCGUGCGGUGCCGCCCCGUCGACGUCUACGCGGACCACGAGCUCGCGGCGACGCUCGUCGGCUGCCACGACGACGUCGCGCGCGGGCCCGCGGGCCCGCGGCGCGUGCGCCGCCGGCGCGCCGCGGCGGCGCCGGUAGCGCCCCUCGCGGAGCGGCGGCGGCGCGAGAGCGACGCGCUCCUCGCGGGCGCGGGCCGCGCGUCCGUCUACUGCUCCGCGGCGCGCCGCGUGGAAAUCGACCGCCGGUUCGGGACGUCCCGACCGAACUUUGAAAUGCUCUCGCUCGGUCCCAUCGACGCGGUGCGGCUCCACGCGCUCGACGUGCGGCUCACGCUCAAGGGCGGCCUGACGUCGACGGGCCGCGCCGAGGUGGCCCGCGCCUUCGGGGGCACGUCCCAGGUCGACGCCGCCGCCGCCGCCGUGGGCCAGCUCGACGCGACGGCGCUCGGCGUCGACGCGCUGCUCAUCGACGACGCGUACGCGGCCACCGCGGAGUCGCUCGGGCGCCGCGUCGCGCGCCACUACGCGCUCAACCUCCUGCGCCAGGUCCACCGGGUCUGCGGGUCCCUGGACCUCGUCACCAAGACGCCGCUCCACGUCGCGCGGGCCGUCGGCGGCGGGCUCGGCGACUUCUUGUGGCGGCCCGUCGAGGGCGCGGCGACGGGCUCCGCGCUCGGCUUAGCGUCGGGCGUCGCCCGGGGCACGGGGGCGCUCAUCGGCGGCGUCUACGACGGGUCCCUGGGCGCCGUGAGCUCGCUGACGGCGGGCGUGGGCGCGACGGUCGCCGCGCUGUCCAUGGACUCGAACUACGUCGCGAAACGCGCGAUCUCGCGCGCCGCGGAGCAGAACGCGAAGAAGGGCCGCAAGGGCGGCUCCGAGGCCGUCGCGCGCGAGGUCUACCGCGGCGCGUCCGAGCUCGGCGCGGGCAUUUUCGAUGGAUUGACGGGGGUGGUGGUCGAGCCGUACCGCGCGGCGUCGUCCGGCGGCGACGCCGCGGCGAUCGCGCGCGCGACGGCGCGCGGCCUGCUCGGCGUCGCCGUCAAGCCCGCCGUGGGGCUUUUGGACCUCGCGAACCGGGGCGUCGAGGGCGUCCGCGUCGCCGGCAAGGUCGUCCACGACACGUUCCAGGAGGCCGUCGCGACGGACGGCGCGGCCGCGGCCGCGGCCGCGCGGUCGCGCGCGGCGCCGCCGCGCGGCGGUUUGCGCGGCGGCGCCGGCGGCUGGGUGCGGCGCGCGCUGGACCUCGAGCCCCACUCGCCCUGGGCGCGCCUGUCCUUCGCGCGGCCUUUGGGGCCCCGCGGCGCCGUGACGCCGCUCGACGAGGGCGCGGCGUUCGCGCAGCAGUGCCUGAGGGUCGCGCGGCCGCACCGCCGACCGGACGGCGACGUCCGCGCGGGGCUGCGCCUCCUCUUCCACGUCAGCGUCGCGUGCGGCGACGGCGACGGCGCGUCGGCGACCGCGUGGACCGCGGCGGCCGGCGCGGCGGCGCCCGUCGCGGGCGACGGCGCCGCGCGGAGCGACCGCCGCGUCUGCGGCGCGCGCGACGGCUCCGACGACGAGGGCGACGUGCUCGUCGCCUACGUCGAGGACGCCGUCGCGGGCCUCGAGCGGCGCUGCGACGCCGUCUGGGAGGCGCGCCUCGACGACGUUGUGGGCGUCGCCGACGGCGGCGGCGGCGACGACGUCCGCGUGCUCGUCCGCGACGGGCCCGCCGACGGCGACGGCGGGCGGCGCCUCGCCAUCGGCGACGCCGCCGUGGCCCUCGAGGCGCGGCUCGCGCAGCGCCUCGCGCGGCCGCUCGGCGCCGCGGCCGCGCGCGCCGCGUGCCGCCUCGCCGCGCCGCCGGAGCUCGCGGAAGCGGACGUGCGCUGGCUCGGCAACCCGCCGCCCGCGUCCGGCGCGCGGCUCGGCGACCCGCCGGCGCUCCCGGGCGCGGGCCGGCGCUACGACGUCGAGCUCCGCGCCGGCGCGCUCUUCGCGUACGACGCCGGCGGCGCCGGCGACGCGCGGCGCCUCGCGCGCGUCGCCGCGCUCGCGGGCGCCGACGCGACGCUCCUCGCCGACGACGCGCGGCGCGGCGCGACGGAGCGCCUGCCCGCGGCGCUCCGGCCCGACGAGCUCCGGCGCGCCGCGCGCUUCGAGGCCCGCGCGGGCGCGCUCGACGCCGUCCGCGUCCGCUUCGCGCCGGGCGCGCGCGCGGACUACGCCGGCGAGCGCUGGCUCCGCGACGACGGCGACCUCGACGCGCUCGUGCUCCUCUUCCCGACGGAGGGCGCCGCGCGCGCGUGGGUCGCCGCGGCCGCGGCCGCGGCCGCCGGCGCCGGCGACGCGCCCGCGGACGUCGUCGCGCUGGGCGUCGCCUGCGGCGACCUCGACGCGCCGGCCAAGGCGCGCGUCGCCGCGGCGCUCCGGGCCGCGUUCGACGACGCGCGCCGGGGGCGGCCGCCGCCGGAGCCGCCGCGGCCCGAGCAGCCGGGGCUCCGGCCCGCGCGGAAGCCGCCGGCACGGGGGCCGCUCCACCGGAGCUCGGCCUACGUGUAA